AUGCUUGGCAAUGGAUACAUGAGGACUGAUGGAAAAUAUACUGUUAGCUCUGCCUAUACUGUGCUGUUGGAUUCUGUUGUUGGGGAAGAUCCUAUGCUUUUUAAUAGGCUAUGGUCAGGUGUGGCCCCUUCAAAUAUUUCUGCAUUUGUAUGGAGGGUAGUGCUUGACAGAAUACAAUCAAAGGCUAAUUUAAGGAGGAGGAAUAUCAUAUUGGAUGAUGCAGAGGCAAGGUGCUCAAUAUGUAAUAUUGAGGAGGAGUCUACUAACCAUUUGUUUUUCUCUUGCAAUCUGGCUUUACAGGUGUGGAGUUACUGUAAUUUAUGGCUGGGCAUCACCACUGCAAUGCCACGGGACGCAAGGCCACAUCUACUGCAGCAUGAGCUACCAUUCCUGAGUUCAAGACAGAAUGAUGGGCUGAGAGCGAUUUGGAUGACAGCAGUUUGGUCCCUAUGGACUGCACGAAAUAAUUUGAUAUUUAGGGAGGAGCAAUUUGAUGCAGGGAAGAUCUUUGGGCUAAUCCAAGUGAGGUCUUGGAAAUGGCUAUCCACAAUAGGAAGGGGUUUCCAACAAUCAUUUUCAGAAUGGUGUUCCAAUCCAGUGUUGUUGUGCCUAAAAUCAAUUCAUUGA